CUGUGUGUGUGCAUGCCAUUCAGUAACUGCAUGAGCCUCUAGAAUUCAUACAACUUACUAAAAGAAAACAAAGUGAUGAAAAGGUAGCAAGAACAGAAACACAUUACAAGUGGAAAGGUUCUGCUUCAGCAUGUCUACCUGGAAAGUCAGAGUCCUGAUGGCACUGUGCUUCCUGUGGCAGACCAGAGGUCAUUUUCAGCUUCCCCGUCCUCAAAAUGUUACACUAUUGUCAAAGGAUUUUGACAUGAUUUUGACAUGGACCCCAGGAGAAGGCUCUCCACCAGAUGUGACAUACACAGUGAGGUAUGAAAGGAACGCAUGGGACAAAUGGAAAAAGGUUCCACAUUGCAAAAAUAUUCACAGAAACCUCUUGCAAUCGACCUGUAUACUUCCGAACUUUGUUAAAGUCCGGGCUCGAGUAAAAGAUUCUGGACAAUUCCAGCACCAUGGGUAGAACUCACAAUUCAAGGAAUACCAUUUGGAUGGUGAGUGUCUUGGCCUGGCUCCUCCAGUGCUAAAUGUGAAUGUCAAGGAGAACUUAAUCCUUGUGAAUGCCACCUUCCCUUUGGCCGCCUGUGUGGAGAGUUUCUCUUGGAUGUAUGAUUUGAACCUCUGGGAAGCUGGAUCUGAAGACAAGAAGCAAUAUGAAAGUAUUUUUAGGAAGAACACAAUGACUAUCGACACCACAGCACUUAGAGGCAACUACUGUUUAAGUGCCAGAUCUUCCUUCCAAAGCAUGACUUCAAGCACAGCAAAUUCUCCUCAACCAGUAUGUGUUCUGUUAAACCACAAAGCAGUGGAGGGGAAGUUCCCAUUUUCUGCCACGAUCCCGUGUUUGUCCUCCUCAUCCUUUCUGACAAGCGCCCUUCAUCAUCUGCUUUUGAAACAAGAUGCUAAGUCGAAGAAGAAGCCUCAUGCUUUGGUAUGGCCCCUACAACAGGGUCCCCUCCUGACUCAAAGUCUUGCUGAUUUUCAGGGGGUGACUGAGGAGAAGUAGGGGAGUCGCACAAGCUCCUGUGUUUCUCAGUUUUGCAUUCAUGAGUCUCAUCCUAUGUAAGCUUUGAUUCUGGCACACUCUCUAUCCAGUCUCUUCUUUAAAAGCAUCAUUAACUCACUGAUCUAUGUGUUUUGUUUCUUUUUUC